UCUAGAAUUGUCUCUAACGGCUUCGGUCUGAAGCACUUGUGCACGCGCCCGUACCAUGGACGUCACGAGAUGCGAAAACACGCGAGACACAUGCAUUUAUCGUGAACGUUAAACUUAACUGUUUAGGUUUCAGUUAGAAUUUUGCCGGACAUUACAGCUAGGUUACACUAUAUUCUAUAUCGUGGUCCGACGAGGGAGUUUAAUUGCUUAAACAGUGGAGAUGCAGCCUGCAGCAGCCAAGUGGUAUGACAGAAGGGACUCUGUUUUUCUAGAGUUCUGCGUGGAGGACAGUAAAGAUGUGAAAAUAAAUUUUUACAAGUCCAAAUUUGACUUCUGCUGCGUAAGUGGAACAGAUAGUAUCAAACAACAGAAUACAGUGGACCUUUUUGGGGAGAUUGACCCCAAAGGCUCCAAACACAGACGCACUGACAGGUCUGUGUUGUGUUGUUUACAAAAAGCUGUGGCUGGGAAAUCAUGGCCACGACUUACCAAAGACAAGUCAAAGUGCAACUGGUUGAGUGUGGACUUCAAUAAUUGGAAAGACUGGGAGGAUGACUCAGAUGAGGACUUGUCAAGUUUUGACAAAUUCUCAGAGAUGAUGAACACAAUGGGAGGGAAUGAUAUACCGGAUUUAGAUGGUGCAGAAGAAGAACAUGACACUGCAGACAGCGACAAUGAAAAAAUGCCUGACCUUGAGUAGAAAAAUAUGGACGCCACCUCAGUAGUAAUCAAAGCAAGUUAAAAAUCAGUUGAGAGAGAGAGAGACUAGACAUGAGUUGGCAGCCAUGUUGGAGAAGAGACCUCAUCUCUCUACGCAGUGUCCAAAGCGAAACCCCUCCAUGGAGUGACUGUUGGAUACAGACAUGCGCAGGAAUCCAUAGCGACAUACAGUGAUGUGCUUUGCUGUUCUGUUCUGCAUGGACAAUUCUGUUCUAAUGUUGUUGUUCAUUGACUUAAACGACUGUAAUGGGAUGUGCUGAUGUCUUACACCUUCUCUCUCUGUUUUCUUGCAAUGUCGAGUUAUGUAUUGAACAUUGUGAUUUCUAAUGAAGAAAAAAAGCCUAUUUUCCAAAAAAGUAGAUUUUUUUAAUGACAGAUUUCCCCUUUUAAUGUUUGUAUUGUAAAAAUGCACUUAUUUUGUUUGUUAAUUUAAAAAGCAGGAGUUCUGCUUAAAAUGGGUUUUCAAAUGUAUGCCAAUAACUGCAGAUAUUUAACAAUGAUUUCAUUUUUUAAACAUAUUUCAACAUUUAAAAUAAACAGAUAUGCUUGUGCAACUUAAA